AAUUGUUCUCUGAAACCGAAUCCAUGGCGAAAAGAAUCCCGUUACUCCUCUCCAUCCUCUUCAAUCUCACGGAGGCUCUGUUUUCGCCCUCCUAUGCUGGUGAUACCUUAACUCCUGGCCAGAGUCUCCUCGACGCCGACGGAACAAACUUAAUCUCCGACGGGGGCACCUUCGAGCUGGGUUUCUUCAGCCCCGUCGGCUCCAGCAACCGCUACCUCGGCAUGUGGUUCCACAACGUCUCCCAGAAAUCCUUCGUAUGGGUCGCCAACCGCAACCGCCCGAUCACCGAUGUCUCCGGCCUCCUUUCACUCACCACAACCGGAACUCUUGUCGUCUCCGACAAUAGCUCCGCCGUCUUGUGGUCUUCCAACUCAUCAGCACUCGCUAGCCCCGUGGCGCAACUCCUCGACAACGGGAACUUGGUUGUUCGAGAAGCCGACGACGUCGGCAGUAGCAGCUACGCAUGGCAGAGUUUCGACUUCCCGACGGACACGCACCUCCCGGGCAUGAAGUUGGGGUGGAAUCUAACGAGCCGACGCAACCGCAUCCUCACGGCAUGGGCGAGCACCAGCGACCCGGCAGAGGGGAACUACACCUUUGGCGUCGACUUGCGCGGCGAUCCCCAGAUAAUCGCAUCGGUGGGCACGCGGCAGUAUAUGCGCCUCGGGCCAUGGAACGGCCUCUACUUCAGCGGCGCCCCGGAGAUGGUGUCCGGGGAUAUAAUGGAGUACAGCAUCGUGAUCGAUAGCGAGCAGGUGGCGUACAGCUACACCGUCCGCGAUCCCUCGUUGAUCUGGCAAGUGGUUAUCAAUUCGACGUCCGGCGACAUGGAGGGCUUUAUGUGGACCAAGAACAGUCAGUCAUGGAUCCAGCGGACGGACUUUCCGAGGGACACCUGCGACCGCACAAUCUCCUUCUGCGGACCCUACGGCCUUUGCUACCCCAACGACUGGGCCAUGAUGUGCCGUUGUCUUCCUGGCUUCCAUCCCCGGAAUCGAAUCGAGUGGGAGCAAGUUGUGAACACCUCAAGCGGCUGCGUGAGGAACACAGAGUUGGACUGCGAUAACAAAACAGACGGGUUCAUCCGGCAGAGCAACGUGAAGUUGCCGGACACAUCCGCGUCGACGGUGGACUGGAGCACGGCAAGCCUCGACGACUGUAAAAUUUCGUGCCUGAGCAACUGUUCUUGCACGGCUUAUGCGAGAGCCAACAUCAGCGGCAGUGGCCGAGGGUGCAUCCUGUGGUUCACUCCGCUCACAGACAUCAAACUGUUCAACUCUGGAUCCGGACAAGACCUAUUCGUCAGGGUUGCAGCUGCAGACCUAAAAGAAGCCAUGGAAUCAAGUAGUUCUGGCCGGAGUCCCAGAGGCGUGAUAAUUGUCAUUUCCUCGAUGGCAACUUUGACUUUACUAACACUUGUUGCUUGUUGCAUUUGGAAAAGAAAGAAAAAAGAGUAUUCUAUCCGGGAAGAAACUGAAGAAGAGACAAUAAACCUGCCCUCGUUCGACUUUGCUGCGAUUGUACAGGCUACUGACAACUUUUCUUCAUCUAACAAGCUUGGAGAGGGUGGAUUUGGUCCUGUGUAUAAGGGUAGGUUGAAAGAAGAGGAAAUAGCUGUGAAAAGAUUGUCCAAAACAUCAGAACAAGGCUCGGAUGAGUUCAAGAACGAGGUAGUGUCCAUCGCGGAGCUACAACAUCGAAAUCUUGUUAGACUCCUUGGCUAUUGCAUCGAAGCAAAUGAGCGGAUGUUGCUCUAUGAAUACAUGCCCAAUGGAAGCCUAGACAAAUUCUUGUUUGAUAAAGUCAAAGCUAGAUCGCUGGAUUGGAAAUUGCGUUACAACAUAAUUCUUGGCAUUGCUCGAGGUCUUCUCUAUCUUCAUCAUGAUUCGAGACUAACAAUCAUUCAUAGAGAUUUGAAAGCAAGUAAUAUUCUUCUUGAUAAAGAUAUGAAUCCAAAAAUAUCAGAUUUUGGUAUGGCAAAAAUAUUCAAUGGAAAUGAAACAAUAAGAAGAACAAGAAGAGUGGUUGGAACAUACGGAUAUAUGUCUCCAGAAUAUGUCAAGAAUGGAGCUUACUCAAUGAAAUCAGAUGUCUUUAGUUUUGGAGUAUUGAUACUUGAAAUCAUUACCGGCAAAAAGAAUGCUGGAUUCUACAUUUCUAUAGAGCACUUAAACCUUCUAGAGCAUAUUUGGACUUUGUGGAAGGAAAAUAAAGUUUUAGAAGCUGUGGAUGGAUCAAUAGGGUCAUUUUGUAUGUCUGAAGUUUUGAAGUGUAUAAAUAUAGGGCUCCUGUGUGUCCAAGAGCAACCAAAAUAUAGACCCACAAUGUCAUCGAUAGUAUCAUUUUUGGGCAAUGAUACUACUCAAUUGUUAGAACCUAGAAGACCAGGUUUUGUGAUGCCGGCAGGCCCAUCUGAAACCAGUUUGAGUAGCUCCAAUCAUUGUUUAUUGCCUUCUAAUCAUUUAUCAAUCACAAUUUUAGAAGGUCGAUAAAAUCAUUACAAUCAAAAUCUAAGCACCAUGUUGGUGUGAAUUCAACAUUUUUUUAUUUUUAUGUUACAUAUCAAACAACUGUAUACAAUACAUAAAGAUUGAUAUUUUGAAAAUGCGCUCUAUUGAUA